AUUAUGCAUGAUUUUGCAAAAAGCGUAUGCGCGAACUUUUUUAUUAUUAGGGCGCUGAGCAAGCACUGGAUUACUGCAAAUAAAAUGUAUACGCAGUGUGGCGGUGAAGACGCCACUGGGUAUUCAACGACUUAAGUGUGAAGCAAAUAUUUAAAUCAACUUAAAUAUUAAAGAUAAAGUGAAAGUGAAAGGAAGAUAUAGAUAUUAUACAAAACAAAAAAUUUAAUUAACUUAAUUCUGUACUGCAACGAAAGCUUUCUUGAGCACCUCAUCCAAGCCCAACUAUAAAAAUGGACGCCACAGUGUUGCUCGUCGAUGCCACACCAUCCCAAUUGGAAGCACACCAACAGCAUUUACGCAAAAACAGCAUGUCCCCGCCAAUGCCGAGUAGCUCUGGCCACCACUCAACGCUGGAUGCCGACAACACCACAACCAACAGUUCGAGCAAUAUUGGCCAUCACAAGCAGCUGCACAACAUGUUGCCUGGAAACAACGCCACCGUGGCAACAUCGGCUAACAAUAGCGGUCAAACGCCCAAUUCCAAUUGCUCAUCGGCCAGCGCUUCGCCAUCAAAGAUGCUGCUUGGCGGCGGUGGCGCUGGCUCAGCGGUUUUUCUGCAUCACAACAACCAACAUCUACAGCAUCAGCAUCACCAUCAUCAUCACCAUCACAACAACAGUCAUGCACAUACAUUGCACACACUCCACCAGCAUCCGGCUAUUGUCAAUUUGAAGCAAUGUGCUGGCGGUGGAGGUGGUGGUGGCGGCGGCGGCGCUUUGGCGGGUGUAUGUUGCAAUUUGAGUGGUUGCAGCUUAAGUGGCAGUAGCACACCAACACCACCACAUCACAGUCUUUAUCCGCUGUUGGCGGGUGGUGGUGGUAUGGGCUCGAGUGGUCCCAGUUCGCUGGUCAAUUCACCGGCUAUGGGUAGGCGAAAGCGUUACACCAGCACUUCAUCGAAUUGUUCCAGUCAAUUUAAUAAUAAUUACGCCGGUCUUGAUAUGGAAUCGUUGGAGGAUAUGCUGAGAAAGGUGAGUGGUGUAGGGUGGAGUGUAGGAGUAAUUUUUGGGGUGUCAAAAGGUGAGCCAACUCGAUAUAUAAAUAAAGAAGAUUAA